CCCUGUUAUUUUCCGCGUUUUGACGUAUCAUGAAAGUGUCGAAUUUCAUUCCGAUGUGAAAGUUUCUGAUUUUUAAGUUCUAUUCCGUACGGAAUAAGUUAAGUGAGCAAAAAUAAAAAAAAACUGAUUGGAGAUGUCGGUGGUUAUUGAAACGACCAUCGGCGACAUCACCGUGGACUUGUUUCUAACGGAGCGUCCUCGGGCCGCGCUGAACUUCCUAAAGCUGUGCAAAUUAAAAUAUUACAACUUCAACUUGUUUCACACGAUCCAGCAUGGAUUUAUUGCACAAACCGGUGAUCCUGGAGGUUCUGGAGAUGGCGGUUCAUCAAUAUGGGGAGUAUUGGAGGGAAAACACAAGCGCUACUUCGAAGGUGAAGCUGUUCCCAAAAUCAAGCACACAGAACCCGGAUUACUGUCAAUGGUGUGUGCGGGAGAAGGACUCAUCGGGUCACAGUUUUUCUUCACUUUAGGCCCGGAUUUAGCUUCUCUGGACAGCGGUGGCCAUGUGGUCGUCGGAGAGGUAACCGAAGGACACGAAGUUUUAAGAAAAUUGAACGAAGUUAUUUGUGACGAGAAGAACAGACCAUAUCAAGAUGUGCGAAUCACUCAUACGGUGGUACUGGAAGAUCCAUUUGAUGACCCAAGAGGAUUCAAAGAACCGAGCCGAUCGCCUUCGCCAUCAUCGGAACGCUUGGCUGGCGGGAGAAUUGCUGCAGACGAGGAAAUCGAUGACACAGAGGGCAAAACAGCAGAAGAGGUGGCGGAAAUGUUGGCCGAAAAAGAAGCAAAAGCUCGAGCAACGAUAUUGGAAAUUGUUGGAGAUAUUCCAGAUGCAGAAAUUGCACCGCCAGAAAAUGUACUAUUUGUUUGCAAACUAAAUCCGGUGACAACCGAUGACGAUCUGCAAAUUAUUUUUAGCCGUUUCGGAAAAAUCAAAGGCUGCGAGGUGAUCCGUGAUAAAAUCAGCGGGGACUCGCUGCAAUAUGCUUUUAUUGAGUUUGAGGACAAAAAGGCAUGUGAAGAUGCCUAUUUUAAAAUGGAUAACGUAUUAAUCGACGACCGCAGAAUCCACGUUGACUUUUCGCAAUCAGUUUCAAAGGUGCGCUGGAAGGGCAAGGGCAAAGGAAUUGAGUACUUCGAUGGAACUGAUAGUAAGUCUUUCAAAGAUAUACAAUACAAUGCUACCAGAUCGGACCGCAAAAGAGCACCGAGUCGGUUGAGGAAAUCUGCAAGUUCGGGCUCAUCCAGUGGAUCUCGAUCUCCUAAUUCAAAGCCGCGAAACCGCAGCCCCCGAGGUUUAAGAGGCGGUGGUGGUGGCGCUCCGCGAGGACGUUCUCCUUGGCGAAGAUCUGGAGGAGGUGGCAACGAAGGACGCCGUCGAGAUAAUCGAGUUAGGCUUUCGGAAAGCAACUCAGCUUAUCACGAAGAACGAAACGGUAGAGACAUUCGCGUCGUUCAAGGCAUGGUAGAUUACAAAAACCGCCCUUAUCCACCAUCCUUCAUCAAACGAAAUGCACCGAAGCAAGAAGAUGUACCAAGCCGUCAGCCUCCGCCGCGAGGUCGCCGUUCGCGUUCACCAAUACGCAACCGACAACUGCAUCGAUCCAAUUCACGCGACCGUCGUCGCGUCUCGCGUUCGCGAAGUUCUAGUUACCGUCGAAAUCCGUCUUCAGACCAAGGCCGCCGUGGACGUGAUCGGGAUCGUCGUCGUAUUUCACGUAGUCCUUUGGAAAGUCGCAACCGCCGACGAGCCUCUGCUAGCCGUUCACCAGACCGCAAAGCUCCUCGUAGCUCGCGCCGCUCAUUUUCGCCGGACCAACGGAGUAGAGUUGAUCGCGACCGAAAUCGUCGGAAUGUUAGUCCACCGGCUCGUCGUCGCCCAUCGCCUAAAUCUAGGGACACAUCAUCGUUUGCUGUAAGAGAUGAACGUAAAAAAGCUAAAAAGAAACGCCAUUCAUCCAAUUCUGAUCGUUCGUCUGACGCUUCGUCGGAUGACCGAUCCAAAUCAAAAAAGAAGAGGAAAAACAGUAAGAAAAAAAUCAAAAAGAGCGACAAAAAAUAUUCGAGCAGUGCUAGUAGCGAUUCCGACUCCGAUUCAAGCGACGACGGUGGAAAGCGUAAAAAGAAAAAGAAUAAGAGCAAGAAGAAAAGGAAAUGAACACAGCUAAUAGGGCACAGCUAACAAUAUUGUUUUUAUUGAACCAUCGUUUUAUUAUGGGUUUAAUGAGCAAGUUAUGAAGGGCAGUUCUUAGAUGUCUUGCGUAGUGCAAACGUUCGAUUGGAAAAUAUUUCAAACAUAAAUUCUAUGCUGUAUGUAAUGAAAAACAUUUAAAAUAUUUCGGCUGUGUUUCAAUCCUAAUUUUAGAAUCAGUACGCCCUCUCAUUCAAAAUUGUAAUUCAGAGAAUUUUCGGCUUGAGUGGUCGCCGUGUCGAAUUCACCAUGUGAACCCUUAUGCUUUUUCUUUCUAUCAAAUAUUUCUUUCAGCUUAACUCAGAAAGUUAAUUUCGAAAGUCCAACUUCGCUGUCGAUGUUUUGUGCAAGAGCGUUUAAUGCUUCAAAUGUCGGUUUAUUCCAAAUAGGAUCGACAAGUGGUAAUCUACGCGUUCGAGUUUUACCAUGUCCUGGAUGUGGAAUGGUUGGGAAUGCAAGUACUUUACCCAUAGGUCUCGUAGCGAUCGUAAGGAGUUUACGAGGGAAUUUUGCUUAUAACCAAGAAAUUCGGUGCGAUACGUGAAAAGGCUAUGGUCGACGCGUUCGAGUUGGUCACAGUGCGCAAUGUCGGAGCUGCUUAUACGUGUGAAGGGUAAAUC